AUGCUGGGCAGCAUCCUCGUCCUGCUCUUCAUCCGCCUUCCUGUUUGGACAAUCCUCGGCCUCGUCCCGUCGUGGCGCCCCCUCCCCACAUGGUCUCUCGGCCGCUCCCUCAUCGUCCAGGCAUUCCAGGCAUACGUCGGCAUCCUCUUCAACACCGCCAUCGACGCUCCUGCACGCCCUCGCGAGAACGCCCCCGACGCCGUCAAAUCCGGGCUGGUCUGGAUUGACCCCACUCCGGACCUCAUCGUGGGCGAGGUCCGCGACUUUGCAAACGCUAAUCGUGUCCAGGCCGAGAAGGUCCCUGGCUACUGGCAUGGCUCCAGGGCGUCGGAUGGCACUGCCGGCCAGCGUGCCUCGCCUGGCGAGAAGAUGGGAUCUGCGUCUCCAUCAGACCCCGGCUCAAAGACAUGCUUCACUGGCUUCAUGGAGCACUUCCCCAACAACCCACGCGUCUUCGGGCUGGAAUAUCGUCUGACCAGGGGACACCCGCUCGGGAGGGCGAAUCCAUUCCCUUCUGCCCUCAUCGACGCUAUCGCCGGCUACCGCUAUCUGGUGCAGGACGUCGGGUUCGAGCCGCAGAAUAUCCUGCUGAGCGGUGAUUCCGCGGGCGGGAACCUUGCGUUUGUGCUCGCGUACUACCUCGCGACAUACCAGCUCCCGAAUCUACCAAAUGCGGGCGGAUUGCUCCUCCUGUCGCCUACGGUGGACUGGGCGAAUACCCACACAGGCGCGCGGUCGUCGAUGGUGCGACACUCGCGCACAGACUAUGUUGGGCCGAUCUUCGAUUCUGGGUACACGAAGGAUACGUUGGUGGGUGACCUGCCCGCGGAGACGGCAUCGAGCGUGUGGAUCUCGCCUGCGUCGUUGAAGACGAAGGUGUCGACGGGAAUGUUCUCGCAGAUUCCGCGUACAUGCAUUGUGGUUGGCGGAGAGGAGAUGACGCUGGAUCCUGUGGUGACGCUGCGGGACCGGCUGCAAGCGGACAUGGGGAAGGAGGCGGUGACAUACAUCGAAGCGGUCGAUUGCACGCACGACUUCCUGACGAUGGGAUGGCACGAGCCUGAGAGGACCAAUGUAUUGCGUGAGGUUGCGGUGUGGGUGGACAGGCUCUGGAAAUCAGUGUAG